AUGAUGGGGUCUUCAGGAGACGAACGUUCAUCACAGAACCGCAAUGUCGGUCUUGCUAGAUUCAUACGAGGUACUAUAGGAUCUCCGUUCAAGGGCAUCAUCCAUGAUAUAAAAGGAAGACUACCAUAUUACCUGUCCGACUGGACAGAUGGCUGGAAUUACCGAGUCAUACCGUCUAUUACCUAUAUGUAUUUUACAAAUAUUUUACCGGCGAUAGCGUUUGCUCAGGAUAUGUUUGAUAAAACCAACAAUUCAUAUGGUGUUAAUGAAGUACUAUUGGCAUCUGCCAUGGGCGGUAUAGUAUUUGGUUUAUUUGCAGGCCAGCCAUUAUGUAUAGUGGGUGUUACUGGACCGGUUGCAAUUUUUAAUUACACAGUCUACGAAAUCGUCAAUCCCAAAGGAAUACCAUAUUUUCCAUUCAUGGCAUGGGUUUAUCUUUGGUCCAUGGUCAUGCAUUUCAUCAUUGCUGCUCUUAACUGGGUUAAUGGUCUGAGAUAUGUGACGAGGUUUUCCUGUGACAUGUUUGGAUUUUUUAUUAGUGUUGUUUAUAUCCAAAAGGGUGUACAAAUGUUGAUGCGAGAAUUUGAUCACAGCAAUGGUGAUGUCGAAACCACUGCUAUCAAGGCGUAUCUUGCUAUAGUGAUUGCUCUGCUAGUAAUGGUAUUUGGCAUGAUCUCAAUAAUAAUUGGUGAGUACUCGAAAUUAUUUAAACACUCGCUGCGUAAAUUCUUUUCUGACUAUGGAUUACCAUUGACAGUGGUCUUUUUUAGUGGGUUCGCAUUUUUCCCUGGUCGUCUCAAAGAUGCUCACUUGAACAGACUCAACAUUACCGAAAGUUUUGUGCCUACUGCGAUAUCUGGAGGUCGUACCCAUGGUUGGUUCAUUCAUUUCUGGGAUAUCAAUGUCGGUGAUGUGUUCCUCGCCAUACCAUUUGCAUUAUUAUUAACAUCACUUUUCUACUUUGAUCAUAAUGUGUCUUCACUUAUAUGUCAGGGCUCCGAAUUCCCUCUCAAGAAGCCAGCCUCGUUUCACUGGGACUUUUUUCUUCUUGGAAUAACAACUGGCUUGGCAGGUAUUCUUGGUAUCCCAGCACCCAACGGCCUUAUUCCACAGGCUCCACUGCAUACAAUGAGUCUUUGCGUAUGGAAAUAUAGACGGGAAAACGAGAAUCUGGAGAAUGCUUGUGUAUGGAAGAACCAGGAAGAAAAUGGAACUACCUCGAGUGUCUGUGUAUGGAAGUGCCUGCCGGAAGAUGGAUGUGGCCACAAAAGUGAUGAGAGCAACAACAACAGUUUGUGUGAGAUGAGAAAUGAUCAUGCCAGGAAUGGAAUAGAAACGGAUUGUCAAAUGCGGUUGGCUGAUAGUGAUAGAAGCGGAAGCGACGAAAGCAAAAGUGGCUCAUGUAGUCCCCUUCCUAUUUCAACUAAACUACAGCCCUAUAUUGCAAGUGUUGUGGAACAAAGAGUAAGCAAUCUUGUUCAAGGACUACUCAUUCUCGGUACAAUGUCUGGUCCACUUCUUGUAGUUCUUGGUUUAUUACCCAAGGGAGUUCUUGCAGGACUAUUCUGGAUGAUGGGUUUAUCUGGACUAAUGGGAAAUGGUGUGACGGCCAAACUCAAGUAUAUUUUCAGUGAUGAAGAGCAUAUCGAUCCCAAGGAUCCACUAAACAAGGUUCGGAAAAAGUAUUUAUAUCUAUUUGUGAUAGUAGCAUGCUUGGGUGCUGCUGGUGAAGUUGCAAUUACAGACACCAUAGCUGCGGUGGGAUUUCCUGCUAUAUUGAUUGGUCUUGUUGGAGUAGGUAAAUUGCUGCCGAAAAUAAUUCCUGAACCAGACAUGUCAAUCUUGGAUGGACCUACGGGCUCGGAAUUUAUUCUAAGGAAUCUUUCAUCCGCAUCCUGGUCAGCAAACAAUGAGAACCAUGAGGAAGUUCUUCCUACGGCGAAUAACGAUGCGGGUGUUGAGCUUCAACGACUUGAAGAGGGCCAACAUCAGAGGCAAGACAUGCUUCGUAGACGCAGCAGCCAUAGUGGUAGAGAAGUAAGCAUUAAUUAA